AUGUCGACUCAAGGUUUCCUGGAAGAAACUAAUUCUAUUGAAGAUAAUAUCAGUGCGAUACAGCAGAAUAUUAGUCGAAUUCAAGAGUUACAAACACAUAUUUUGGGGAGCACUUCGUCAAUGCAAGAGGAUGUGCUUAAUAAAGAACGUAGUAUCUUGAUGGACAAUACAAAAAGUCUCUUAUUCCAAAUAAAAGACCGCAUCAAGAAGAUUGAAAAUGAAAAUUCUCGAUUACCAAAAACUGAUUCGACUAUCGAUCUUCGGAAACGACGACAUAUACAUCUCCAUGACAAAUUUAAUCGCGUUCUUGAUGAAUAUCGUGGAAUAGAAGAUACGUAUAUGAAACUACAAAAAGAUCGAAUCAUUCGUCAAUACAAAAUUGUUAACCCUGCCGCUACCCAGGAUGAAAUUGAUGACUAUGUAUCUAAUUCGUCCAAUCAGCCCGUGUUUCAACACACUUUGCGUACUGGUGAGGCUCGUACAGCGUUAGCAGAAGUUCAGAAACGACAUGGUGAUAUUAAACAAAUUGAAAGUACAAUCUCUGAACUUGCAGCUUUAUUCACUGAAAUGCAGCUUCAAGUAGAGUCACAAGAUCCUGUGAUUCAAGAUAUUGAGAAAUCAACGGAAGAAAUUACAACAAAACUUGAGCAGGCGAAUAAGGAUAUUGAAGAAGCGAGAAAAAGUUCACAAGGAAGCAGGAAAAAAAAAUGGAUUUUAUUUGGUGUCAUAUUUGUAGUCAUAUUAAUCAUAGUCGUAAUUAUCAUAGCCCAAUUACCUAAGCAGACAAAUGUCAACGUCACCACCACCUCACCAGCUAAUACAUUUGUAACUGUUACAAGAAAUAACACACCGAGUGGAACGUAG